CACUUCAAGUGUGGAUAAGGUGACGGAUAAUCCGUCGGUGGACUGCUGGGUCUGGCGGUCUUUAAUGUGACCGACCAAGUCGUUGAAGAUCUGCUCAGAUCUAGCAUCUAGAAAUUGGCCCGCCUUGUACUUGUGGGUCCUCUCGUAAAGUUGCAAAAGAGACGGAGAACACGGGAGUUCUCCCGUCUCUUUGGCCUAAAAAACAUUUUAAAAAGUUAGAAUAUAUAUAAAUUAAUUAAAUUAAAUAUUUAAUUACCAUAUCUAGACGUACAUCGGUUUGGGGUUUUUGAACCGUAGAGUGAAGCAUCGGCCCGUGGCCGUGCUCAUCUACCGUCUGACGAGAGGCUGAGCAAGAUUCAGCGACUCUAAUGGAGCAGGAUCCCGCCAAUAAUGGAUGAGGCCAUCCCACACAUCUGUUGUGAGCUCAGGGGGGUUGCCACGCUGAUACCCCUUCCCGAUCCAGUCACCCUUCUAGUUGGAGACCGUGUCCAACAAGCGAGCUUUCGCCUUCGCGUUAAACGCUUUCUUCACCUUCUCAUUGACCCCCAUGGACCAAUGGUAUUUUUGUGGUAACAGAAAAAAAUUAAAUUAAGAAUUAUUUUUAAAAAAUUAAAAAAAUCUAAAUCAUAAAAAAUUAAAGUAUAUAUAAUUAAUUAAUAGUAACUUACAGCAAAAAUUUCGAACCACGUCUUUCUGACGUAGAUCGGCAUCUUUUUUCAGUUCGAAUGUGGCUCGGAGAAGUAACCUUUGAUCGUCUCGGUUACGUUCCGAGCAACACAUCCGUCAACCCCAAACAUGAAAAAUAAAACACAUUUAAAGUAUAAUUAUUUAUUAUUGUUGUAAAAGAAUUUUAAAAGAAUUUUUUAAAAAAAAUUUAACGUACCACAAAGUUCCGUCCAGUCGGUCGGGGUCUAGGACUGAUAAACCUUCUCUGCCUGGCUGAGCGAGAAGGUCCUCGACAGUGAACUGCAAGUGAGGAGCACUCGACGGCACCAUCAAAUCAGGAUGAAUCCCGGCCGGCAUCGGAGGAGGCACAUGAGGAGGCACCUCUGGGACAUGAGCAUAAGGAGCCGGUGGUGCAACGAAUCGAGGAACCGAUGGUGUACCAGAAGGAGGUGACAGAGAGACUCUCUGAGGAGACUGAGUCUUGGGACAGUCUCCGGACCCGAAGAACCGGGAGCUGAAGAAGACGGGUCUAAACGACUACUAGGCUCACCGAACAUCUCUCUGUAAUGGGGAGUAAGUCUGUUCUUUCGAACCGUCAGGAAAAAACCUUAAUUUUUAAAAUUAACAUCAACAGUAAUUAACAAAUUUAUAAAUAACAAAUUCUAUAAAUCUAGCUAAAUUCCCUACAUUAACUAUCUAAUCAACACUAAUUAACAUAAAAUCAGUAAACCUAUCUAAAUUCCCUACACUAACCACCUAAUCUACCCUAAACUAAUCAAAUUAGAGAGGAAAUAGAGAGAGUAUGUACCAUUGCUACGAAAGAGAGAGGUAGUGGAGACGAAAUGGAAGUGAGAAGCUCGCGUGUAUAUAUAAGAAAUUAGUAAUCGUCGUAAUUUCCUGGUAAAGUUACGAGGAACUCGCGAGGCCCGUUUUUUCUUUACGAGGAAUUAGCGAGGCCCGCGUUUUAUUUCCUCGUAACGUCCUUGUUGAUUUACAAGAAAUUAGCGAGGCUCGCAUUUUUAUUUACGAGGAAUUAGCGAGGCCCGCGUUUUCCUAUUAUGAUGUCUUUACGAUGAAUUCUGCUUACGUGGAAUUAACGAGUCCCGCGUUCUUUAUUUUUAGGAUUCAACGUAAGCUCCUAGUUAGUUUACGAGGAAAUAGCGAGGAUUAUUUUUAAAUCCCUAAAAUCCGAACUCCAAACCCCAUCUUCCUUAUCUUCUACUUCAUAUAUUCCAAACCCCAAACCCAUCUUCCCUUUAACCUCAAUCUCUUCUUUCCAUUCCAAACCCCAAAUUCUAAAACCACAAUUCCUUAACUUAUAAUCUCAAUCUCUUAUUUCUAAUUCAAACCCCCCCCCCCAUUACGUUCCACAAAAUCAAAUUAUAUAAAUAGAUUUUCAUGAUUAAAUCCAUCAAAUCACAUGCAUUAAGUCUAAAAAUCAAUCAUAUUAAAAACAAAUACAUCAAUCGGAUACAUCGACAUUCUGGUCAUCACUAGAAACAUCUUCAUUUUUAUUAAACUCGUCUUCAACAGUUUCAUUCGUGGCAUCGUCGGUAAGAUCUUCUUACUCAUGAUUAUGCGGAUCAAUGAGAAAGAUGUCAUCAAUUUGUUGUUCAGGUUCCUCAAGUUCAUUUAUCUCUUCUUCUUGCAAUGAUGGUUCUUCUCCACUGAUGAUUCGUCCACGAGGUGUAACUUUGAUCACGGCUAACCAAUUUAUUCAUGAUUCUCUCAUCCAAGGGUAUGGAAGGACGCUAAUUUAGUCAGCUUGUGAAGCUAAGAUGAAAGGCUCAAAUUUGUUGUACCUGCAAAAAUAAAGACAACGUAGAAAUUAAUCAUACAGAUCAUGUAUGCAAAAAAAAAAGAAUUUGUUGUACCUUCGUCCACCAUUGACAUCAACUACACCAAAUUUGUUAAACCGAACACCUCUGUUGACGACGGGGUCGAACCAUUCACAUUUGAAGAUGACGCAUUUCAGCUUCAAUAACCCUGAGAAUUCCACUUCAAUAUUCUCCUGCAAUAUCCCGUAGAAAUUUGUUUCGCCUUUCACACAUAUUCCAUAGUUUCUGGUCACCCGCUGUCUACUAUAAUCAUAUGUGUGAAAAGUAUAGCCUCGUGUGAAAUACAUCUGUGAUGUGGUGAUUUUUGCAAGUGGAGCUUGAAUUACUUCGUGAAACCACGUAGCAUAAUCUGCGUCGUCGUCAUAAUGAACCUGCAAAAAUAAAAAGAACGUUGAAAUACAGGUCACGAUGAAAAAAGAGUUUGAUCAAUCAACCUGCAAAAAAUAAGAGUUUGAGUUAAUACCUGAUUCUUCAACCACCCAAUAAAGUGCUGAUCUUUCCUUCUGUCUACGUCACUUGUGGAUAUACCUGGGAAUGUUUCUUCGACUAGAGACACAAAUAGGAUGUAAAAUCACAUUUUAUAUUAAUUAAUCUUUGGAAAUUAUAAAAUUUAUGCUUAUAUGUGUUUUAGAUAUUUCCAUAAAAUAUGUUACCUUUCAAAAUAACGCAUCAAUGGAUCCUCGCCAUUGAGUAGAAUAUAGGUGUGUGCACUAUGAGCGUCUUCUUCACUCGACCACCAAACAUCUUUCGAUUUCCCACCGAUUCGUCCAAUCUGGCUAAGGAUGUCUGGAACACCAGCAACUGCAUAUGUUGGAGCGACACCACCAUCAUCAUAUCUUCUUAGAGCUUUUUUCUGGGUACGUACUUUUGACGCAAAGUAGUACGAUCUGAAGUGAGAAGUUUCUUUCGUCAAACUUCCAGCAAUUAUAGAACCUUUAACUUUUGCGAGGUUUUUUGCUUUUCCCUUCAAAUAUUUCAUUGCUCGCUCAUAUGGAUACAUCCACCCAUAAUGUACAGGUCCACGAAGCAAUGACUCAUAUAGGAGGUGGAUAGCUAGAUGCUCCAUGACGUUAAAAAAUUCCAGAGGAAAUAUCUUCUCCAAGUUGGACAAUAAGAUUGGAAUGUUCUCGUGAAGUUGUUUCACGACUUCUUCUUUAAGAGUGCGUGUGCUCAGAUCCCUGAAAAAUGCUCAAAUGCUUUGUAUAUUCCAAAAACAAUUAAACACAUUAGUAGUCAUAUAUUAUUACAAACUAAACCAUUAUAAAAUUAAUGUGUUAUAAUAUACUACCUGCAAGAGAUUUAUGUACGUUUGUUGGAAGUAUCUCUAUAAAUGCAAAGGGAAGUAGUCGUUGCAUAAAGACAUGACAAUCAUGACUCUUCAUCCCAGAGAACUUUUGACCAUUUUCAACACAUCUAGAGAGAUUUGAAACCUACCCAUCGGGGAACUUCACUUAUGAUGCCACCCAGUUGAACAACACUGACUUUUUUCUGAAGACAGUCUGAAUAUCGCUACAGGAACUUGUCCAUUGCUUUUUAUAUGUAACUCACUUCUUUAGCAAAUAUCUGGCAAAUCCAAUCUCGAUUUUAUGUUGUAUUUUGUCUUUCCUGGGACAUUCAAUAUUGUAUUCAUGAUGUUCUCAAAGAAAUUCUUUUCUAUAUGCAUCACAUCGAGGUUGUGGUGCAGAAGAAGAUCCUUCCAAUAUGGCAACUUCUAAAAUAUACUCUUCUUUUGCCAGUUGUGCCGAACACCGUAAAAAUCAGGCAUAUUACCGGGGACAUGCCAAUUACCACCACAACGAACUGUUUUGUUAACUCUGUAGUAAUCUAUUUGCGCUUCAAUUUUUUCUCCAGUUAGAUAAGGAGGAGGAUUUUCUCUCACAACCCUUUUGUGCCUAAACAAUUUCUUGUUUCUUCGGUACGGAUGGCCAAUGGGAAGAAAUCGACGGUGACAAUCGAACCAACUUGUCUUGCUACCAUUCUUCAGUUGAAACGCAUAUAUCGUUCCAUUACAAUAUGGACAAGCUAAUCUCUCGUGUGUAGUCCAUCCAAACAAAAUCCCAUAGAUAGAAAAGUCACUUAUGAUCCACAAAAGCAUCGCUCGCAUCGUAAAAUUCAUCUUAGUUGAGAAGUCAUACGUCCUCACCCCUGUUGACCACAAAUACUUCAACUCUUUUUAUCAGUGGUUGUAGGAAAAUAUUCAGAGACCUUUUUGGAUGAUUCGGACCAGGUAUUAAUAUGGUCAAGAAUAGCAACUCCCGUUGCAUGCACAUCUCUGGUGGCAGGUUGUCUGGCGUAAGAAAGACUAGCCACAAUGACUGACAUUCCAAAUGGACUAAAUCCAUCUGUGCAUAAUCCGAGAUACACAUUCCGGCUAUUGCUAGCGAAUUUCGGAUGUACUUUGUUAAAUUGUUUCCAGGCUCUUGCAUCUGAUGGAUGAGUCAUCUCACCAUCCGUCUGAGUAUGCUCGGCAUGCCAUCUCAUCCCUCCGGCAGUCUGCUCAGAUUAGUACAAUCUUUUCAAUCUGUCUGUAAUUGGUAGGUAUCACAUCCUUUGGUAUGGUACCCUAUUACGUUCUCGUCCUUGCACCAAAUUAACAUGGAGAAGGUUAUAAUUAUGAGAAUGAAGUUAGUAGUAGGAAUAGCAAUUUUCAGGAAGAACCGGUUGAUGAUCAUUUGCAUAAUGAACAGAGUUACCAUCAGGAGGACCAAAUGGUAGAUUAUGAUAGGGUUCAUGAUAUGUAGCUGAUGCAUUUGUAGCUCAUGAUGAAGAUGAAGAACCUAACAUAGAUGCAAAAAAGUUUUAUGAAAUGUUAGAUGCUACGAAUCAGCCACUUUACAGUGAUUGUAGAGAAGGUCUCUCUAAAUUGUCGUUGGCUGCUAGAAUGAUGAAUAUUAAAACUGAUCACAAUCUACCUGAAAGUUGCAUGAAUGAAUGGGCAGACUUGUUUAAAGACUAUUUGCUGGAAGACAAUGUGUCUGCUGAUUCUUAUUAUAAGAUUCAGAAACUGGUUUAUAGUCUUGGGUUGCCUUCGGAGAUGAUAGACGUUUGCAUCGAUAAUUGCAUGAUCUACUGGGUAGAUGAUGAGAAGUUAGAAGAAUGCUGAUUCUACAAGAAGCCACGAUUGACCUCUAUUUAUUAAAUGCUUCCAAACAUUUUCACGAUUUGCCAAUUUCGAAUUGUUGCAUUUCCGACAAGGACAGAACAUCUUACCGCUUUCUUGGGCGAGCGGUGUGGAAUCUACUUGAUGCAUAAAUGUCUCCAGCCCUUCGAGGUAUUCUUUCGUCACGUUAGCAUCUCUAUGCAUAUACAUCCACCUCCGCAACUCGAAAAUAUUCCCGGAGGCCGACAUUUUUUUUCUUUCACGUUUUUAGUUUUUUCUUGUUAGUGUGUUUAAAAUGAUGCUCAAACGUCCAUAUUUAUAGGAAAUUUUCAAGUUUGGUAGUUGAAAUUUUAGUACGUAUUUACGACGAAAUUUAGUUAGGUAGCCGAAACAAAAAACGUGUUACAACUACAAAGUUGGUGGACUCGAAAUUCUGUCGUUAAGUAAACGUAAAAUAUUUCCUCAUAAAAUAGACGCUAAUUUUACGUCGAGUUUACGAGGAAACCAUUUUUCCCUCGUAAAAACCACGUUAUAUUACGUCGUUUUACGAGGAAAUCGUUUAGUCGUUAUUUUACGACGAACUUACGUUGAUUUUACAUUUCCUCGUAAGAUACUCGUAAAAUCGACGUAAAUUUACGAGGAUUACUCGUUAAUUUUCGUCGCUAUAGUUGUGUUUUCUUGUAGUGCAGAUUUCAAGUCCCAUUUAAAUAUCCCAAAAAAAGAGAGUAUAUUUAUGGGGUACAGCUUUCCUUAAAAAUUAGUCAAACCAUUGUUCUAAUAAUUGGUUUAAGCGGCGUCAAGGUCCCAUCUAAGCAGGCAAAUCAACCUUAACCAAAAUAAUGUUAGUAAAAACACAGAAAUUUAUCUAUUUUAAUUUUUUUGUAUAUUUAGUGUUGAUCUCAUCAAAAUAAUUUUAUAAUUAAAAUAAAAGAAAUAAAAAUAUAUCAUAUAAAUAAAAUCUAUAUAUUAAAUAACUUAGUAAUUCUUUAACAUCUAUGCCUAGCCUAAAUAGCAAAUGAUUUGAUUAGUCUCUAGUUAUUCUAUAAAAGUUGUAAACAUGAAAUUCUCUUAUACUCAAUACUUCAAAAUGAUCAAUGUUUUGAAAAAUUCUUUUAAUAAAAGACAUUUUAGCAUUUUAUUAUAAUAGCUAAUGCUAAAUCGUAAUUUUUAAAAAUUAACUAUAUUUAUUAAAUUUCUAUUGGUUAAAAAUUGUAGAAAAUAAUUAAUUGCAAAACAAUAUAUUAAGCAAAAUAUAAUAUAUUUUCUGGGGAAUUUCAUGUUUUACCAUUAUUCAUCUUGACCACCACUAAAUGAACAUUUUCAAAAAUACAUUCUUCAUUAAUUGGCAAAAAAAUAAUUUUUUUUUAUGUUUUCGAAUUAUACUUUUUCAAAUUCGAACUUUUUUUUAUUGUUUUUUGAACCAUUUUCGAAUUUCGUUUUUCAAAUUUUUUUUUUGAAAAUCAAAAAUUAUGUUUGAAACUAUUUUAAAAAAAAUUAUAAUUUUUAAGUAUUUAUUUAUAUAUUUAUUAGAAUCAUAAAUUUCACAUUCCAAAAACCUUACUCCACCCCUCAACUCUAAACGCUAACUCUAAAUUAGUUAACCAUAGGGAUAUAAAUAUCUUUUACCAUUCAUUAAAAGUGAGAGUAAAAGUGGUUAAUGUAAACAUGAAAACUAGUACUAUGAAUGUGGUAUUUGUGGUAAUUUCCUUAUAUCUUUUAUGUGUAACAAUAUCAAAGCAUACAUUUUUUUAAAGUGAGGGAAUAUGUCGAAGCCGUAUUUAAUUAAAAUAUAAUAGGGGGCCCAAUGUAAUAAGUGUACAUGAGUUAAUAACGAGGGAAUUUUAUCAAAAUAGAAUGGAAAAACACACUCUUUAUCCCUAUAAUAUAAAUAUAAUUUUUUUCAUGAUCCCAAAAUUAAUCUUUGAUUACUCAAAUAAAAUACAAUUUAAAAGUAGUAUAAAUAUUAAAAACAUAUUAGGAAUAAAAAAUUAAAAAUUAAAAAUAAUUUAAACCACAAAAUCCCUACAUGUCGUAAAGAUAUUCAUCAUAAAAGAAGAGUUUGUGAAAAUCACAAGAAAAACUAUGGACUUUUGGAAAAUCACAGGUACACGUUUUAGGAAGAUAAAAAGAUUUCAAAAUAUUUUUAAAAUAUUUUAUAACUGAAUUUUUGGAAAUAUGGUUAUUUUUAUCCGUAGAAUGCAGCUUCUAAACUGCGUAGAGAACAUAUAACUAAUCUAUGAGUAGAUUCUACCAUAUGUAGACUUUUGAGUUAUGUCUAAAUUUUGUAUUCAUAAAAUUUCACAAUUUUUCAUAAAACUAAAAACUGCAUUCUUAAUAAAUGGAGCUACCUUUCGAAUGUGUAGACUUUGCAUUCCUCAUAUUUUGAAUUCCAUUUAAAAAAUGGAUUAUUAAUUCUACAGAAAGUAGAAUAACUUGUUUAAUCUGGAAUUCAAUUUCCACCACGAUAUUUUUCGUAGAAGAUGGCAUCUUCGUUCCAUAGAACAUAACUAAAUUUUCUAAGUUAACAAAUUUUAGAUCCCAAAAAAUACAAGCAUGUGUAUAAGAGUAUUUCAUUGAUUGUUUCUAUUUUCUUAUAAAUUUUUAUAUUAAUAAACAAUUUAUUUCAUUAAGUUUGAUAAAUUGAAAGGGCAACUGAGGCAAAAAUAGGACAAAAACAAUUAUAUUAAAGGGACAAAAAGUCUGUUUUUCAUGGGAAAUUGCUAAAAAUACCACAUUCAUAGUACCACUUUUCAUGUUUACGCUAACCAUUUCUACACUCAUUUUUAUUAAAGGGUAAAAGAUAUUUAUAACCCUAGAGUUAACUAAUAUAGACUUAGGGUUUAGAGUUGAAGAGCUGGGUGGGGUUUUUGAAUGAAAUUUAAGAUUUUAAUAAAUAUAUAAAUAAAUUCAUAAAAAGUAUAAAAAAUAAUUUCAAAAAUAAUUUUCGAUUUUCAAAAGGAAAUGUUGAAAAAAAUUCAAAAAUAAUUUAGAAAAAAGUUUGAAUUUGAAAAAGUAUAAUUCAAAAACAUUAAAAAAUUAUUUAUUUAAAUAAUUAUAUAUUAUAUAUAGAGAGAACAAGGGUAUAAGAGUCUUUUGUCACUUAAUGAAGAAUAAAUUAUUGAAAAUGUCGCUUUAGUGGUGGUAAAUAUGAAUAAUUGAACCAAAAAAUGGUAAAUAUGAAAACUCCCCUUUUUUCAUUCUAUUUUAGCAAAAUUCCCUAAAGUUUUUAAAUAUCCAAGUAUAUAAAGACAACAAAGACAACCUCAAUAAAGCAGAGCUAAAGGAAAGAAAUCCCAUAGUUUCUAACAUUUUCAAGAUUUAUCUAUACUCUUGAGAAUGGCAUCAUCAUCUGUUUCUGUUUACUUGAAAGAUGAAAACCUGACACAAGAAACAAGAGAUCUACUUUCUUCUCUUCCAAGCGAGAAAGGUUGGUUAGUCAGUCAAAUGUAUCAAUUCGAAGGAAGUUGGCAGGCACCAGCUCUGUUACAAGGAAUCGUGAACUGCCAAAAACACUUUGAAGCCAACGAUUCCGACGUUAUCCUCGCCACCUUUCCUAAAUCAGGCACCACUUGGUUAAAAGCUCUUCUCUUUGCUCUCAUUCACCGACACAAGUUCCCAGUUUCUGGCAAGCAUCCUCUUCUAGUUACAAAUCCGCACUCCCUCGUGCCCUUCUUGGAAGGAGAUUACUGCGUAUCUCCAGAGGUCAAAUUCUCCGAGUUGCCUUCUCCAAGAAUCAUGCAGACGCACGUAACGCAUCAUUCUCUGCCGGUUUCUAUUAAGAGCUCGUGUUGUAAGAUUGUAUAUUGUUGUAGAAACCCUAAGGACAAGUUUGUCUCCUUAUGGCAUUUUGGGAGAAAACUUGCUCCUGAAGAAACAGCGGAGUAUCCGAUUGAAACAGCGGUUGAAGCGUUUUGUGAAGGGAAGUUUAUUGGUGGACCAUUUUGGGAUCAUGUGUUGGAGUACUGGUACGAAAGCCGCAAGAAUCCGAACAAGGUCUUGUUUGUUACAUACGAGGAGCUCAAGAAGCAGACCGAAGUUGAGGUUAAGCGAAUCGCUGACUUCAUUGGAUGUGGUUUUACUGCUGAGGAAGAAGUGAGUGAGAUUGUGAAGUUGUGUAGUUUUGAGAGUUUGAGUAAACUGGAAGUUAAUAGACAAGGGAAAUUGCCAAAUGGAAUAGAGUCUAACUCUUACUUUAGAAAGGGAGAGAUUGGAGGUUGGAGAGAUACUUUGAGUGAGUCCUUGGCAGAAGUAAUAGAUAGAACCACUGAAGAGAAGUUUAGAGGUUCUGGUCUGAAAUUUUCUUGUUGAAUCAAUCUUUAAAACUUGUUGUUAUGUUUCUGUUUUGCUUGAAUAAUGUUUCUGUAACCUUGUGAACUUGUUGUUGUUGUUUUCUUCUAUUUUGUUGUGAAUUGUUGUUGUUGUUUUCGUUUUUUAUGAGAGCUUGGGUUGAGUUGUUAUUGUUCUUCUUGUAUGAAUAAAAUGGAGCAUGUUUGUGUUUU